UUAAAAAAAAGUCUAUUCAGUCCCAAAUCAAUGUACACCUGCCUGUUAAGAAAAAGGACAGAGCAAGCAGUGAAGAUCCAGGUAAAUAUAUUUAAAAUGCAAAUUAUACCAGCCCUCCACAAACACCGAGAAGUCAACAAAAUGAUCUAAGUAUUAAAAAGAAAAAACAAAACAAACAAACAAAAAACCCAAAAAAACCCAAACCACUCUUUCUCUUCAGCAAGGUGGCCAAGUGGCAGGUGCCAACAUGCAGAUCUUCAUGAAGACCCUAAUGGGCAAGACCAUUACUCUUGAGAUCGAGCCCAGUGACACCAUCAAUAAUGAUCCAAGACAACGGAAGGCAUCCCACCGACCAGCAGAGCUGAUAUUCACUGGCAAACAGUUGGAGGAUGGCCACACCCUGUCCAACUACAACAUCCAGAAAGAGUUCACCUUGCACCUGGUGCUGCGUCUGCACAGUGGCAUCAUCGAGUCAUCCCUUUGUCACCUUGUCCAGAAUUACAAUUGUGACAAGAUGAUCUGCCACAAGUGCUACUCAUGCCUGCACACAGUGUAGUCUACUGCUACAAGAAGUUCAGCCACUCCAACAACCUGAGCACCAAAGAAGAAGGUCAAAUAAAGCUGGGGCCAUACCUGGCCUGUGACCCUGUGACCAAAUAAAAUCCAUUGACUGGG